AUGAUCUUCUGUAAAACCGCACCAGCUGACAUGGCCUCCUACCCUCGUUCAAUGGGGUUGGAGCUGUGUGUAUGGCCAGAGAUGAGAAAGCUUUGCCUAAGAAAGAACCUUAUGUAUGAGUUUAUAAGGUUGUUAGCAAUACCAUACAAGACCAUGAGGGGAGUUAGUCGAUGUCUUGGAGGAGUUUCGCGUUGUUGCAGCGUUCCAAAUAUGUCAUCCAGUUUGCGCAUUGAAUUGGUACCAUGCCUUAGAGACAACUAUGCAUAUAUAGUACACGACGAGGAUACUGGAACAGUUGGAGUGGUUGAUCCUUCUGAAGCUGCACCUGUUAUAGAUGUGUUGGAUCGUAGAAAAUGGAAUUUGAAUUACAUACUGAUCACUCAUCAUCAUUAUGAUCACACCAAUGGCAACAUGGACUUAAAAGAAAGGUAUGGUGCAAAGGUCAUUGGAUCAAUUUUAGACAAGGAGAGUAUCCCUGGGAUUGAUAUUGCUUUGGAUGAUGGGGAUAAAUGGAUGUUUGCAAGCCACAAAGUGCUCGUGAUGACAACUCCUGGUCAUACCCGAGGACAUAUUAGUUUCUACUUCCCUGGAUCAAAGUCAAUUUUUACAGGAGACACUUUGUUCAGCUUGUCAUGUGGCAAGCUCUUGCAUGGAACUCCUGAGCAGAUGUUUUCUUCCCUGAGUAAGAUUAAAUUGCUGCCAGAGGAUACAAAAAUAUAUUGUGGUCAUGAAUAUACAUUGAGUAAUUCGAAGUUUGCACUAUCUAUAGAACUGGGUAAUGAAGAACUGCAAUCUUAUGCUGCCCAUGUGGUGCAUCUCCGAAGCAAGGGGUUGCCAACGAUCCCUACGACGUUAAAGCAGGAGAAGUUGUGCAAUCCAUUCCUUCGCACUUCAAUUAGGGAGAUCCGACAGUCACUAAAUAUUCCUGAAUUGGCCAGUGACGAAGAAGCCUUGGGCGCUAUCUGCCAAGCCAAGGACAACUUUUAG